CUCAAGGGGUAUCGCCCGAAUCGCGGUCGGCGGGGGCGGCCGGGCGGGGCGGCGGUGCGUGGAACAGGGUUAGACGCGGGGACCCGCAGCGGUCGGCCGUUCCGGGCUGAGUUCACGCGGCGCUGUGUUUGCGGUGCGGUGCAACGCGCAGCCGUGACGCCUCGGUGAUCAGCUGGAUUGGUGUCAGUCUCACAAAGAUCUGAUGGUGAUGAUCCAAGAAAUCAAAAACUGUUUGCCUGAAGAGAAAAGGAGUUCCAGCAAGCCCAGCACUGUUAGUGCUCUCAAUUACGCUUUACGGUGUGUACAGCAGGUCCGAGCAAACAAUGAGUUUUUCCAGGCUCUUGGUGAUCGAAGAGUGUUCCAGACGGGUGUGAUGACAUACAGCAUAGGAGAGUUGGUGACAGUUGCAUCAGAACACACUCCAAAAAACAGUGACACCUUUGUGGCUGUGUUUUCCCUGCUCUCCGGGCGCAUAUUGCAUAUUUCUGAGCAGGCAGCAUCCAUUCUAAACCAUAAGAAGAAAGUCUUGGAAUCCUCCCGGUUUGUAGAGCUUCUUGCCCCUCAGGAUGCAAGUGUGUUCUAUGCACACACUGAUCAGUCUCACUUGCCACUUUGGUGCACGGAAAGUCAAACAGCCUCACUGUAUGACUAUGCCCAGGUGAAAUCCUUUUUCUGCAGGAUCAGAGGUGGUAAAGAUCAAGAACAAGAAAUGCACUGGUACCCAUUCCGAAUCACCCCAUACUUGGUCCAUGUCUGCACCGCUGUCCAUGUGGAUGCAGAGGCCUGCUGCUUGGCUUUGGCUGAGAAAAUUCACUCUGGAUAUGAAGCUCCUCGAAUUCCUAUGGAUAAAAGAAUCUUCACCACUACUCACACUCCGGGAUGUGUUUUUCUUGAGAUAGAUGACAGAGCAGUGCCUUUGUUGGGUUACUUACCUCAGGAUUUGGUUGGAACGUCCAUACUGAUGUAUUUGCAUCCAGAAGAUCGUCCUUUAAUGAUCACUAUUCACCGUAAAAUCCUGAAAUUUGCUGGGCAGCCUCCUUUUGAAUACCUACCCAUUAGGUUUUGCACUCAAAAUGGGGAUUAUGUCAUCCUGGAUACCAGCUGGUCCAGUUUUGUGAAUCCAUGGAGCAGGAAAGUAGCAUUCAUCAUUGGCCGACACAAAGUCCGAACAAGCCCUCUGAAUGAAGAUGUUUUUGCUACAAGAAGUCAAGAAACUAGCAGUGUUGAGAAAGAGAUAAAAGAAUUGCAAGGCCAAAUCUACAAGUUGCUUUUGCAGCCAGUUCAUAGCAACGUUUCUAGUGGUUACGGUAGCCUUGGUAGCAGUGGUUCUUAUGAGCACUACAUCAGUGUAGCAUCUUCAAGCGACUCCAAUGGAAAUUGUGCAGAGGAAACACCAGAACCAGUGACUUUGCAGCAGAUGUGUGCAGAUGUCAACCGGAUAAAGAAUCUGGGACAGCAGCUGUAUAUUGCAUCAAGGAGCAAGCCACAGGAUGGAAACGAACAGCCUAUGGGUUCAGAAGUGCUAGAAGGGAAGAGGCACAGCGCUUCCUGUUUUCUCCCGACCUUGAGAAGUGAUAGCACAGAAGAACUGGGCAAUGCACUUUAUGAUGAUUCAAAGAAGACUCCACAUGUUCCUUCUUAUCAGCAGAUUAAUUGUGUUGAUAGUAUCAUCAGAUAUCUAGAGAGCUGCAGUGUUCCAGUAUUGAAAAGGAAAUCUAAAUCUUCUACAAAUACAUCAUCAUCUUCAGAUGGUGACAAGAAAAACCAGCAAAGACUGCAGGAGGUCAGGGCAUUGGGAGUUAAUUCCCAAACUCCAGUAUUUGCUGAUCAGGAAGAAAUGGUGAAGAAGCAGACCAAUGAAGGCAUUGUGGGAGCUCCUCUGCCAGGCCUGAGCCUGUCCAACAAGUCUCUGAGUGUGGUAUCUGCCACCAGCCAGUGCAGUUACAGCAGCACUAUUGUGCACGUCCCACACCCUGAAUCAGAAGUGACUACAAUGGAGAAUACUCAUGUUGGAAAUGAACACGUCGAGCUGCCUCCUCUGAAUGCUCAGAAUCCUGUUACAGUGGCUGAGGAGUUAAAGCCAGUUGGGUUAACAAAAGAGGCUUUGUCAGUCCACACGCAAAAGGAAGAGCAAAACUACGUGGACAGGUUCCGCAGGAGGAUCUUGCUCUCUCCGUUUAGGACUUGCCUUCAGUGGGAUAGCAGAAGUAACAAUGGGCAUUCCUAUGACCAAGGAAAUUCUCCUUCUAAGGAGAUGACUCCAACUACCUGUAAAAAUGGCAAAAAAGGAAAAUUCAGACAACGGAAGCCUCAGAGACAGUCCUCAGAUAGACGAUCUUGUAGUAAAAACAGAAACGGUCUUCAAUGUGAGAAGAGAAGAAUUCAGAAGCAGUCACUUUCUCCCUCAGAAAUGUCCUGUUUAAGGUCCUCCAGUACGAAUUGCUUUCCUCCUGUGGGAUUUCCUGUCUAUUCAGAUGCACUGUCUAGUUUUCCGGCCUCUUCUACAGGAGAGGAACUUGCUAUUUGCUCAACAAAACCUGAGCCCAUGUCACUGUCACAGCUGUGCUGUGGAGCACCAUCAUUUCCAGCACUUUCUCCCCCAAACAUAGGGAUGUUUAUGGCUGUGUUUUUUCACAAUUUCCCUGUAUAUACUCAGAUGCCUCAGUAUGCCUUUCUUCCUAGCCCUCAGAACGUUUAUCUCCCUUCUUCAUAUCCAUGCUCUACUCUACCUCCUGCCCCUCCUCCUCCAGCUCCAUCACCAAUAGCCCCAAUCUCUGCGGAUCAGUCCUGUCCGGCCUCUUCUGCCACAUCCACUGAGGAGCAGCCGGAGGGCCAACAUGGCUGGGCCUUACAGCUGAGUAGUUCACGGAGCAGCUCCCCGCUUCAGCUGAAUUUGCUUCAAGAAGAGCUGCCAGAAUCUGUGGAGCCUUCAGUUAACACUGAUUUUAAAGCAAGUACAGAAGCUAAAUGUGACGAUAGUCGGGAAGAUAGUGGUAACAGUGCUAGUAGCCAUUGUGCUUCAUGUGAAUUUACUGACCGCUUGCUGCGUGAGGACGCCCAGUCAGGCGCGGGUUCAGCAGCAUCAGGCAGUGGAUUGGCUUUAUCUAGUUCUUUAGGCUCUCGCUCCUGUGAAACUUCUGGUGGUGGCACAGCAGGCAGUAGGAAAAGCAGCAAGUAUUUUGCCAGUAACGAUUCUUCUGAAACUUCCAAAACAGAGACUAAUCAAGAAGCAAAAGAAAAACAGACAUCUCAUAAAUCUAAACAUGAGUCAGCCUGGGUGACGAUGGAUCGCACACCUGAGCAAGUUCUAAUGACGUACCAAAUGCCUCACAGAAUUAAAGAGGAAGUUUUAAAAGAGGAUAUGGAGAAGCUGGUAGUCAUGCGACAGCAACAGCCUUGGUUUUCAGAUAGGCAAAAGAGGGAGCUUGCAGAAGUGCAUACGUGGCUCCGGACACAGACUGUCCCACUACAAAUCAACACUCAAGGAUGUGUUACGUGUGACAUCAGGGAAGCAACUUGUGAGGCUGCAAUGGCUGAUGACAAUAUGGAAAACAAGGGAAAAUCGCUUCCAGUCUUGGAACACUGAAGACAUCCCUGCCUGUGACAGUAAAACUGGUUGGAAUAAUUCCCAUUCCCUUUUCCUUUGGCUUUGCAAGAUGCUAGCAGCAAAUCUCUCCAGCUGUCUUCUCCCACCAUGAGCAAUCAUACACAAAACUAAACCUUUCUCCAUUACUCCCUUUGCUCCUGGCAGGAUUUUGAAGGCAAUGUUUCACUGGGAGGUUGUUUGUGAUGUCAGGAAGGACAACUUGACAAGAACGAAUGAUUGUGGAUGGAUUGUUUCUAACUUCUGAUUGCUCAGUGCUGAGCAAAAUAUAAAGAUUUUUUUUGUGUUGUGGUGGUGCUGUACUGUUUGUUUUUUGUUGUUUUUUUUUUUUUUUUUUUAACUGAACGGGUAAGAGUUUGAAAAGAUGCAGUGGUUAUGAGCUUACAUUGGCACAGCCCUGUUUGUUGUCCAUCGAGGUAGAUGUAUUUGUACCAGUGAAUCUGAGCUACAUCAGAACAUCCUUCAAUUUUGUUUAUUCAGUCUGCAAAGAUCUAAACUAGGGGUUCAGAAGAUGCUUUGAGGCUUUAAGUUCUGCAGAAUACCAUAGCCUUUUAAUGAGUGACUGAAAACUGGGUAAGUUACUGGGCAUCAAAAUACCUUUCUUCAGCUUGUGACCAUCAAAGAAGUCCAAUAAACUGAAGUGAAAAAGAGCAAAGCUAUUCCUUAUGCUUCUCACAAGUAUUUUUUGAAUGUUGUUUUUCAGCUUUUUGUGUGAUGUAACUCAUCUGUUACAUGAAAGGUUUUCAGUUUUAUUUACUAAUGAGCUUCUUGUUGAGUAAGUUAAAUAAUACUUCGACUUCAGAUAAGUGGAAGAAAUAUAAAUUUAUCUAUAGGCUUUUCCUAUUUUUCUAAUCAAUUCAGUGGAAAUCUUUGUCACUGAAGCUUAUUUCAUGGAAUGUUAUUUUUAUUGUAUUUUAAGUGUUCAAGACUAUUUCAACUCGGGCAGUGUUGUUUUUUACAGUAUUUCUGCUCAUUUUGUUUAUAUAUACUGCUUUCUCUUUAUUCUUAAGCUGCACUUCUUUGGUUUUCAUCUUGAGCUUUUCUUUCUUAACUGUUGUAAAUCAGCAAAGAUUCAUGCAUUCUCAGUAUCUCAUGUGCUUGAAGUUUAAAUGCUUUUUAAAAUAAGAAUCCUCAAUAGAUGCUCACAUACAGAAAGUUAUACACUUGUAGGAAAGUCCCCAACUUGCACAGUAAGUGUGGUACCUUACCCAUGUUUUUACUUCCAGCACUUUCCAAACAUGGAAUGUGGGUUUUAUAACCUCACUGCCUGAAACAUGUGCUCUAAAACCUGUAGUAAGAUGCUUUUUGUAUGGGUUAUUUCCCUAGCAGGGAAGGUUCUUAACUAACUUAUUUAACUUAAUUGAAUCAGUUCUGGUUAGCUGUACUUAAAUUCACUGCUUUAAUAUGGUUUGAGGCUUAGUGAAAUAAUCUGUUUCAUACAGUGAAGUGAAUAUUCCAAAUAAGGCCAUUUAUGUCCUUCAGGAGAGUUUAAAUGUGUAAGCCAGAAGAAAAGUGAGAUUAGUUAUAAUGCUAAGACAUCUGUUUUAUGGAAGAACAAGACUUAGUUUUGGAUAAUGAUAACUUAGUCCUAAUAACUUGAAUAAUCCCUUUAAUUCAUAGGUCUGGGGAUGUGUCCUUAUCCCUCUUGUAUGGAGAGGCAGAGGCACGAAGGACGUGCACAGGUGCACAGCCCCACUUCAUACAAACCCAGGAGUGUGGCCAGGGAUCUUGGUUCACUCUGUCCAGUGCUGUCUUUGCUGUAAAUGGUCAAGAUUCUCACCUGGACACACAAAUUGUUAUUAUAGUGUUUCUUCUUGGAGAAUGUUAACCCUUCCUGUGCUGACUAUUGCAUGAACCUGUGCUCAGUAGAUCCAUAUGAAAGCUGAAAUCCUGGACAGUUUUUACAGUGGUGUGACCACUGUAGCCCACUGUCAUCACGUGCAGUGCAGGAGCACGAGCCUUGGAGUUUAAAUACGAAGCACAUAAUCCUGGCUCAAGCUUAGGUGCAAGAUUCUUUAAGAGAAACCAAGUGGUGAAUGGGUGCCUUGUGUGAUAAUGACACUGAAUCGUUUGCUCAGGAUCACAGUCUUAUCUGCAAAACUGAAUUUAAGACAAAAAACAGUUUUCCAAACUGUUCUUUACCCCAUUGAAACAGCAACAUCUAGCAACAAAGUGCCUUAUCAGGCCUCUUGGGAAGGACCUUGUUUCUGUAAGCUUUUAGGAACGGAUGGUUUUUACUUCAGCUGAUGUCAGUUUUUCACUCUUCGUAGCCUGCUGAAGUAGUCACAGUGAAACAGUUGUGAUCUGGAAGAGCGACGGAGUAAAUACUGCAGCCAGAUGUGCACUGUUUUGUGUGACUUUGUUUUGGCUGAUAUAGUUAAAAUACUAGAGACAGUUUAAAGCUUCUCAAAGUUCUAGUUUUUAGUCACCAAAGGGGAUAAACUCAAGUACAGCAAUGUCACAGUUCUGGCCCCUGUGGGGGUUUCAGCAGUUUGGAUUAAGCAGGCUGCUUUUUUCCUGUUCAAAAUUAGUUUUAUGUUUAAAAUAAGCUAAUUGCUGUGCAGAUGCGUCAUGGCAUUGGUAUGAACAGAAGGGGGACCCCAGUGUUUUUUUGCAGCGUGUGAUGAAUGUGUUGGUGAGUUUAUCCUCCAGCUGAAUCAAUUUUAAAUCACAAUUGAAUGAAUACUUGCAUUAGUCGAUAAGAAUAUUUCACUGAAGUAUUAUUCAGCUGUGGUUUAAUUUGCAGUUGUGAUUUUUCACUGUACAACCUGGAAGGACACCUGUUUUUAUAAACAAAACAAAAAAACAUCCAAUAACUUUUUGAAGCAUGUUUGCUUUUGUUAUUGGGUAAUUUCUGGAACAUUCAGUAUUUUGUAGGUGCAGUGAAAAUGAUCCCCAUUGCUAUUUAUGCUGUUGGUUUUUUGUUGUACUUUUUGUGCGUUGUUUUCCAGGAUAUGCUAUUUUGUUUCUGUACGUGUCCCAGCUAGAGGGGCACAAACACUGAAUGUGAAGGAUUAUUGCUGGAUGUAUGAAGUGCUCAGCUUUGGUGUGCACAGUUGAAAGCUUCUGUCUCUCCCUGAGUUUGUUAGAGAAGAGUAAAUAAACACUGUGAGAGCACUUGAGCCUCACCAUGCUAAAAAUUGUUUUCUAGAGAAAACAGAAGCAAUUCGUGGGUUAUCACAGAUGUGUCUCCUCGAGCAAGAAAGCUCUUAAUUGCAGAGAAACAAUUUGCUGAUCAAAAGUGAUCAGUUUGGCUUGAGUGCUCUUCCUGCACUCCUGUUGGGAGGAAAGCCUGAGGUGGAAGCUGUCGAGAGCUGUAGUUACAGCAGCACUGGGGAGAAGCUGAGUUUGCUGCUUCUCUGUCAAGAGCUGGGCAGGCUCCCUGGUCUCAGACACUGGAGAUAACUUGCAGUGCUUGUUUUUUCACUUAUUCUUCAUUAUUUUAUUUAGUUUGUUUGCCAUUUUGGAAGAGGCUUUAACAGUUGUUCUUCAAGUCUUCAUAAGCUGGAUACCUUUUCCUGCCUCUGAGAUAAAUGAAUAACUAUUGAAGAUUUAGAUAAAUUUGAAGCCUUUUCCUACAGGUUUUUAUUGACUGAUGAGGUGGCAGGGAAGGAGUAAUUUCCAGUCAGACACUGACUUGUUGCACUGUGUAAGAGGAAGACAAAUGUUCAGAAGGCUUGAUGUACCUAUGUACUAUGCAGUGCAUCCAGCUACUCUGCAUUCGUGAGGACAUUUUUCUUUGUUACAGCUGGUUUCAUCUAUCUUAUGACUUAUCUGAUGUGAACGAGUUAUAUCGAGCCUGUAGGCCUUGUCUAGGCAGAACAGGUGGAGAUUUAUGAGGUAUGUGCUACAUUGAUCUCAGUUAUAUGUAUCUUAGGCAAAGUUUAAUUCAAGCUUUCUGAACCUUGAUUAGUGUGAGGUUUAUGCGAAGUACAAAGUGAACGAAGUAGGACUUUGCAGCUCAAACUAUUGGUGUGUAUCAUGAAGACUGAUAUUGCCUAGAGACAGUUCUUGAGUCUCUAGCUUUAUUCAUUGCAGACACUAUCAGGGUGUACCUGGGACUGAGAUAAAGUGUGCUAGGGCUCAGGAAACAAAGGAAUCUUAGAAUGUCUCAUGUUGGAAGGGACCCUCGGGGAUCAGAUACAACCUCUGGCUCCUCGCAGGGCCACUCAGAACUCAUACCCUGUGUCUGAGAGCACUGUCUGUAAUGCUUGAAUCCAGGAGUCUUGGUGCUGUGGCACCUACCCUGGGGAGCCCUUUUCGUGCCCACUGCUCUGAUCAGAAGAGACCUAGUUUAUCAUUCUCUCUAUGAACGUCUGUAAUGGGCUUGUUUAAGCUUUUCAGUAGUUUUUCUUCACUAUCUUUGGGUAUUGGAAUUCUGCUGUCAAGUCAUCUCAUUCUCCACUGACAGUUUGCACUGAGUUCAAAGUCCUGUCAUUGACAGCAUUACUGUUUACAUUCUGCUGUAUUUGAUCAUUUUCAGCUACAAUUAGCAAAGCUUUUGUUAUGCACUGGCAAUUCUGUUGUCUUAAGCAGCUGGGGCUGGUCAAGGUGCUGCAGAGAAACAGACUUGGUCAAACUGUAUUUGUGAGUGAUAUUUCCAGAGGCUGUAGGAAUAGACGCUUGAUCCUGACAUGUGCUUAUUUUGUAAGGGUGCCUCAGGAAUGACAGGAGGGGACUGGGUACCACCUGUGCUGCCAUCCUUCACUAGCAUUAUCAGAGCCCGCCCUUCCCAGCAUUUCCAAUUGCAUCAAGGGAUCAAAUAAUGAAGGAGAAGCUCCUCUUACACGCA